AGAGGACAAGCAGGGUCUCAGGCAGAGGAGAGUCUCCAGAAGAGGAGAGUUCAGACACGAUGAUGCCGCCACUCUGUGCUGUUCUUGUGCUUUUCAGCAAAGUCUAUGGUCUGCUUGGGAAUAUAAUUCAGCCUGACGCGCUGGUGAGAGCUCAGCUUGGAGACACUGUGACUCUCCCAUGUCUCUACCCUGCAAAGGACGUGCCGGGUGUCAGCUGGUUUAAGCAGCCUCUUGGACAGAAGCCUCAACUUGUAGCAAUAAUAAUGAACUCGGUAUCAGAUGCUAUAUUUUUAAAUGAGUUUAAAAACGGCACACGCCUCAGUGCUAAAGCAGCGAAGGGGAGCUUUAACCUGACUGUGUCAGGAGUAGAGCCGUCGGAUUCCGCCACAUACUACUGCGCUCUUACGCGCUACAAAGAGAUCAGCUUUGGAGAUGGAACCACUUUAAUGGUGACGGGUUCAGAGUCACACAGCAGGACAGUAGUACUGCAGCAGCUCAAGUCUGAGUCAGUGCAGCCAGGAGACUCUGUGACUCUGCAGUGUACAGUACACACUGAGACCUGUGCAGGAGAACACAGUGUGUACUGGUUCAGACAGGGCUCAGGAGAGUCCCCUCCAGGAAUCAUUUCCACCCAUGGAACCAGGAGUGAUGAGUGCCAGAGGAGCUCUGGGGCUGUGUCUCCCACAGAGAGCUGUGUCUACAACUUCCCCAAGAGGAACCUCAGCCCCUCUGAUGCUGGGACUUACUACUGUGCUGUGGCCACCUGUGGGGAGAUCCUGUUUGGGAACGGGACCAAGCUGGACUUUGAGCGAAAUAAAGCUCUUCCUCUUUAUUGCUUGGCGGGAGCUUUGACAUUGAGUGUGAUCCUAAAUGUUGUCCUCGCUCUGAAAAGGAGAAAAGGCAGUGAGGAUGGCAAAGGAGCCGCAUCAAUCAGCGAAGUGCCCAGAGAAGACCUGACAAGCAAGCAGUGUCAAGAUGAAGCAAUGAAUUACGCUGCUUUGACUUUCACCACCAAGAAACCCAAAGUGAGGCGGAACAAGAGGGAAGUGGAGAAAGAAACGGUUUACUCCGAUACGAGAUUUAGAGACCGCGAGUGAAGCUUUCCAUAAAAAUGUAUCUUUGUCACAAGAAUGAUCACAAUUUAUCAAAUAUUCCCUUGCUAGAAUACAAUAACAUAAUAUAUGGCUUUGAAUGUUACAAACUUACAGGAUUUGACUUUUCUAAACCAAGAACCUUUUUUUCUAAUUUAAACAUGACAACCAACAUUAUUUUUUGCCAAAUAAAUCUUUUCUGUUUUAAGAGAUAUUGUUUCAAGAAAUAUGUAUGAACCACUGAAUAAACUAUAAACUGCAAAUUACUGAAGAAUUACCGAUGCAAAAAUCCAGUUAAAAUUUACAUUUCUCAUUUUAGUGUGAAAGAGAUGAAAAUAAACUGCCAAUAAACAUUUGUCCUGCUUGUAGUAAUAACUGUGCCAAAAUUCUAAAGAAACUCCAAACUGGAAGAAGAAACAAUGCAUAUUAUAAGAGACCAGGGCAAAAACAUUUAUUCAAUUCAAUUCAGUUGAUCCCUCAUUGUGAUUCUCAUGGAGAUCAAUUAUCUUGUUAUUCUCUCAGGUUAGAUUCUGAAAAUGAUACUUAACGUGAAAGAUGUUAAAUUAAAUUGCUUCUUAAAAUGUCCACAACUGUGAAGUGAACAUGUUAUCAAAGUUUAUAUCCUGAACAAGAGAAAAAGCUGUGAGAAUUGCAAAGGUGAUGGGCCUAAUGUAUGUAUUCUGUCAUGUCUUUCUACGACUUAUUUAACAAAAAAAUAACUAUUUAUUUCACAUUCUUAUAGACUCUGGUAUAAUAUCUUUAUAACUGUAUAUCAGAAAUAGCACACUAAUGCUCCAUGGAAUACAAACACUCCCAGGUGGACAGUAAAUUCAGCCGUUUGUGUUGUUUUAAUUCUGAGGUGUAGAAGCAUGUG